AUGGCUGACCGUCGUCAAUGCUUGGUUCUUCUCUUGGUCCUUCUCCCGCUGGCGACGUGCCAAGGACCUCCAGACUACAGUACUCGAGAGGGACUAACCGGUCACAAUGGCGUAUUCCAGGUGAGUCGAAUCACGUGAUGGAAAGAGAAGAAAGAGCACAUUGUGGUGGUGCUAUUUUUGGAGAAGGAGCUAUCUAUGAAUAGACGGAGGAACACUGUAGGCAUGAUUCGGCUCUAAUCCUUUCGUCCGAUCACUUCCGCCGCGAUGACUCAUCGUCUGAUUGCAGGUUCUUCCGUGGUCGGAGUAUGAACUCGCGCUCAUCUCUUCCCUUCACGCCACCGCCAACUACCCGGCACUCAUGCAAUUGGUUCGCCACAAACUGCUUGUUUCCGACGUCUCCACAAACGACCGACGGAAGAUCGAACGGAUGCUGAAGAGCCUCCGACCGCCGCCGGUAUUCGACGACUUCCUCAGCGAAGAAGAUGCUGAAAAGGUGGGUGGGAGGAGAAGAAAAAGUGACAGAGUUUGACCGAUCAAGUUCCAGGUGCGCAAAGCUCACGGUGAACAGGACAUCACUCAAGUGCUGACAGUGAUCGCCGGAAGACUGGGCGAGCUGCCGGAGUACUUGCGGGAUCAGGCGGUCACCUACAUCACCAAGCACACUCCGACAACACAACCGCCGUCGGACUCUUUCUAA